GCAAAUCGGAGACGCCGAGGCUGCAGAGAAUGAGGGCUGACACCGCAAAUGCCCACUGCCCAGCCCUGCCUCGGGCGCCAGCGCCCGACUAGAAGCCACCCCCAGACCAGAACACCCCCCGCAGCGUACCGCGCCAACUUCUUGGUCGCCAUUCCCGGAACUCCUCCUUCCCCGCAGCCCAACUGCCGGAAGUCGUUAGACCCCCCCCCACACUUCCGGUCCAUUCAAACGCCUGGCGCGUCUGAGGAGGCGGUUGCGGCGGAGGCUUUGGCUGCGACUGAGGCGGCGGCUGCUGCGCCUCAUGGAGCCCGAAAGGGAGAGGACCGGGAAGCACUUCAAGAAGGGCAGGAAGAGGAGGCGGGCCCCGAACACGCUGGUCGGGGCGGCUGAGGCGAUGAGAGCCCGUUGGGAGCUGGGGGAGAGGCAGCCCGAGGCCAAGAAAGCCCGCUUAUCUGCCAUUUUAUUUGCUGAAAACUGUGAAGUAACCCAUGACCAGUUAUGUGAAUUGCUGAAGUAUGCAGUUCUGGGCAAAUCCAGUGUUCCUAAACCCAGCUGGUGCCAGCUUUUUCACCAAAACCACCUGAACAACGUAGUGGUUUUUGUACUGCAGGGAAUGAGCCAGCUACACUUUUACAGGUUCUAUUUGGAGUUUGGAUUUCUCCGAAAGGCAUUCAGACACAAAUUCCGCUUGCCACCUCCAUCAUCUAAUUUUCUAGCUGAUAUCAUUGGACUGAAAAAGAAACAAGCAACACGGGAUCAAUCCAAAAUGGGGGAAGGGUCUUUACCUUCUACCAGUUCAAAAGUCAGAGUCAACCUGCAGAAUGACCCUAUUAUUCAAAAGUAUGGCUCUAAGAAAGUGUGCUUAACCAGAUGCCUUCUCACAAAGGAGGAAAUGAAAACAUUUCACUUUCCAUUACAAGGGUGUCCUGACUGUGCAAACUUUGUACCUACCAAAUGUAAUGGUUCUAUAACAGACAACAGUCCUCUCUUUGGACUUGACUGUGAAAUGUGUGUCACAUCCAAGGGGAGAGAGCUAACACGCAUCUCACUGGUUGCUGAAGGAGGCAGCUGUGUUAUGGAUGAACUCGUUAAACCUGACAACAAGAUUCUGGAUUACCUUACCAGCUUUUCAGGAAUCACAAAGAAGAUUCUUAACCCAGUGACAACCAGACUCAAAGAUGUACAGAGACAGUUAAAAUCACUGCUUCCUCCUGACGCUGUGUUAGUGGGCCAUUCCUUAGACUUGGAUCUCAGAGCACUGAAAAUGAUACAUCCGUAUGUUAUUGAUACAUCAUUGCUUUAUGUCAGAGAGCAGGGCAGAAGAUUUAAGCUAAAGUUCUUAGCCAAAGCUAUUUUGGGGAAGGAUAUACAGUGUCCAAAUAGACUUGGUCAUGAUGCCACAGAAGAUGCUAGAACAACCCUUGAAUUGGCUCGGUAUUUCCUUAAGUAUGGCCCAAGGAAGAUUGCAGAACUAAAUCUGGAGGCACUAGCUAGUCACCAAGAAUUGCUAGCAACAGGCCAAGAGCUAAGAAAUACAGCAGAAGUAGUUCAGCAGCCAAACACAAGUGUUUUAGAAUGCUUGGACUUAAUGGGUCAGAAGCUCCUUUUCUUGACCCGGGAACCAGAAACUAGUGAACUUUCUUCUGCUAGAAACUGUGAAACUGUUAAGUGCCUUUCAAAUAAAGAGGUUCUUGAGCAGGCCAGAGUGGAAAUUCCCCUGUUUCCCUUCAGCAUUGUCCAGUUCUCUUUUGAACCCUUUUCACCCAGCCUCACUGAAGAGAUGAACAAGAGGAUGAGGAUCAAGUGGACAGAGAUGUCAACUGUUUAUGCUGGGCCAUUUAGCAAAAAUUGCAACCUCAGGGCUCUGAAGAGGCUUUUUAAGAGCUUUGGUCCAAUCCGGUCAAUGACUCUUGUUCUUGAAACCCAUCAGCCACAUCUCUGUAUACAAUAUGAAGUCCUGGAAGCUGCUCAGCUGGCCAUAGAAUCCUUGGAUGGCGUUCUGGUAGAAGGUGCCUGCAUCAAGGUGCAGAGACCUGUGACAGAGCUCACCCUUGACUGUAACACUCUUGUGAACGAGCUAGAACAAGAUUCUGAAAACCGAGGUACUAUAUACCUGUCUGGAGUGAGUGAAACCUUCAAAGAACAUCUCUUACAGCAGUCCAACCUCUUCCUUGGCCUGGAAGCUGUGAUCUUGCCUAAAGAUCUUAAAAGCGGAAAGCAAAAAAGAUACUGUUUCCUGAAAUUCAAAAAUUUUGGCAGUGCCCAGAGGGCCCUCGACAUUCUUAAAGGCAAGGACUGGAAGCUGAAAGGCCGACAUGCCCUAACCCCCAGGCAUCUCCAUGCUUGGCUCAGGGGCUUACCUCCUGAAUCAAGAAGGCCCCCGGGGAUUCGUGUCAUACCUCCCCCCUCUGAGCAGCAGGCCUUACAGGCUCUGAAGGUGGACCACCCAAAGAUAGCAGCCUGGCGCUGGGGCCGGAAGAUAGGAAAGCUCUACCACAGCCUGGGCCCAGGCACCCUCUGCCUCAUCCUGCUGCCAGGCACCAAGAGCACUCAUGGAUCAUUCUCUGGCCUAGGACUGAUGGGAAUAAAAGACGAAGAGGAAAGCAACACCCCAAACAUGUGUUUGUGAGUCUGCCCAUCAUUUUCCAUGUGCCAUUUCUUAUCCCUUGUGGGCAAUGGCAGAGAAUGUGGUCAGGCUAAAGUUCAGUCCAUUUAUAUGGCAUGUACAAAUUUUCAAUAAAUGCCUAAAAUUCAA